AUGAACAAGCUCUGGAAAGGUGUAUGGGAGCAUCGCCGCAAUGUGCGACCGAGAUCAGACGAUCACACCGGGCACGAGCCUCUUCUCGGCACUCUCAAGCGAUGGGUGGACAUCUACGAGCUUUGGCGAAUGCAUCCUCCAGGGAUCGAAACUUACACCAUCCAAGUCGCACUGCAUCUAUGGCCAACUUUCUUCAAUGCUUCAAACAGCGAUGACGCUUACGAAGUGUGCUGCAACAUGAUACACGUCUUUCAGUUUGACCGCAUUCUUAUCUCAUCCUUUCUCACUCGUUAUGUACUCGAGGCUUUAGGCGCUUCAGGGACGGAAGCGUUGGCGCGGUGCGCUGCUCAGCACCUUGCAAAGCGAGGCCAUCGUGAACUCGUACAGGAAGCCAAAUUCCUUCAUGCACUUGCAGUCCUCGAGGAACUACGCACCUUUGCUCUCAAACAUGAUAUUCUACGCUAUUUCUCCUGGGCGAUCGAGCUUGCGUUCCGCGCCCGAAGAAACGUCAAUGAUGGAGCAGAUGCGAACCGCGUUGAGAUCGGUAUCUGGUAUUGUGCAACGCUAUACUUCUCGGAAGCUUACCCUUCUUGGAUAGAGGACAUAACUUCCGCCAGUGACGAAUCAACUCGCUCCGCGGCACUAAGUGCCGGCAGCGCUCAAUAUCUAGCUAGUUUUCUAUCCCGCGGGGUUCAGUUAUGUGACUGGGUCAUCCAGACAUCCCACAGAUGGCAUCCAGAAUCAAUCCAUUACCCACAUAAUCUGGCCCGUACUCUCGAGGAAUUCGGUGGAAUUCUCCAGGACUGGAAAGGGUGCCUGAAGAAGGCUCGACUGCUACGGCCUCUUCACGACGCAGCACAGGAAUUCCUCGACACAUUCAGAGCGAACAUGUCCAUACGGUGGUGGCCGACGUACGCGAGACUUCGAGAAACCUUUGAAAAGGCUUCCGGAGGGAUCUCCGAGUCCGAUGAGGCGAUCCUUUCCACCUGGUACUCACUUGGUCGAGCGUCCUUGGGUCGUGACUCUAGGUACGACAUGGUGAAGUACGAACAGAUGCCGCGUUGCGGGAAUAGUGUGUGCUUUUACUUCGGAGUAAAGGUUUGUAAGGGGUGUAAGGCGGCGUAUUAUUGCAGUAAGGAAUGUCAAAGACUGGACUGGAAGAGCGGCAGCCACGCGCCCCUUUGUGAGCUGAAGCAGACAAGAGCUGAUGUCAGGGAGUUGAUGGAAGCGACGAGGUUGAAGCGGCGGCAUCUAGAGGACCUUCACAUAGAAGAUCUGUUUCAACACAUGGAAGACCAGAUUAUGCUACUGGAGGGGCAGCUGUCAUCCGCAACGGUCUGA